AUGUUUGAUACAAAAAAUAAAUUCUACAGUAAAAUUAUUCAUUUAAUUUCAAUAAAAAUAAAUAAAUGCUCUUCUUGCGCUCAUUAUUAUCCACCAGAAAAUUUCAUCUAUAAAGGAAAAACUUAUAAAACAUGUGCAAAAUGUCUUAUUUCUAAAGCUGAAAAACGAAUAAAAUUAGAAAAAAAUAAUGUUAAAACUACUCCAAUUGAAACAAUUUUAUCACAAGUUCUUUGUGAUUAUGUAGCCAAACUAAUCUUGAAUAUUGAGGGUGACAAUGAAAUUUUAUUUAAAAUACAUAUUAACCUUUAUGAUGAUAUUUUUUUAAUGGCAAACUUUGAUGAUCUUAAAUCAAUAGUAAGAAUAAUUAUUGAUAAAAUUGAAGAAGAUUUACAACCACUAUCUAAUAUGGCACAAUCUGGUAUGAUACAAUCUGGUAUGAUACAAUCUAGUAUGGCACAAUCCAGUAUGACACAAUCUGGUACAGUACAAUCUAGUAUAGUUAUUUCUGUUAAUGAUGAUGGCGAUAGUGUCAAUCCAGACUUCUACUAG